GUUUUUUAUUUUUAUUUUGUUUCUAGUUUUGUUUUCUUCUCCGGUCGUCUGCUGUUCUACUCGCUAGAGCGCGCAGAAUAAUGUGCAUUGUCAAAAUGGUGGCAAGAGAAAGAUGGAAGGUAGUUGAUGUGUGGCUGUUAUUAAAUUUAUCUAUAUUUGUAUUUCAUGUGAACUGUCACAAAAACGCAAAAGUGUGCUCCCAUAAGCAUCCUCAACCUCACGAGGUCCAACACGUCCAUUUGGAACCACAUCAUAUAGUUCGUAAAAGAAGUAUUUCUCAACCCCUUAGAAUAAAAAAAUUUUAUGACAAAAGUGUUUACAGGUUACCACCAGAAAAAUUUGAAGUGAUAAAUUCAACAAUCCUGCCACAAGCUUUAGAAUAUUGGCAGAAAACUUUAUUAGUAAGACCUAUGAAUGUUCCAAUUAGACUAAACAGAAAGUGUCCUAAUAAUCACGCUUUUUUUUCUGAAGAUAUUUCUAUUCAACAUUGUAAAGAACGUUGUGAAAAUAUUACCACUUGUGGGGAAGUUAUAGUCCCUGAAGAACACUUAGAGCCUUGUUGUGUGUACAGUGCAACAGGACCCUUUUGCAAAUCUUCAUCUCCUGGAAAUAAUUCUGGAAUCAAAGAUGCAGAUUUUGUAUUUUAUGUAUCUGCUAUGCAGACUGACCGCUGCCAUAAGGGACAAACUGUAGCAUAUGCUGCUCAUUGUCAGCAAGAAACAGCAUUAGAUAGACCGAUUGCUGGCCAUGCAAACUUAUGCCCAAACUCUAUAUCUACAAAGCCUCAAGAUUUAGAUACUCUUUUAUCUACUGUUAAACAUGAAAUUCUUCAUGCUUUAGGUUUUUCUGUUAGCUUAUAUGCUUAUUUUAGAGACAAAGAUGGGAGACCUUUGACACGGCGGGGCAGCAAUGGAAAACCUAUGGUGAACAAAGUAAUUCAAGCCCAUCAAUGGAGUGAUAGAGUUAUUCGAGAGGUGGAAAGAAGAGAUUGGAAAGUCAGAGGAAACUUGACAAAAAAAACUGUCAAGAUCGUUGUGACACCUCGUGUCCAGGAAGAAGUAAGACGGCACUUUAACUGUGAUUAUUUAGAAGGAGCUGAACUAGAAGAUCAAGGUGAAGAUGGAACUGUACUGACACAUUGGGAGAAACGUCUUUUUGAGAAUGAAGCAAUGACUGGGACGCAUACACAAAACCCUGUGUAUUCCAGAAUAACAUUAGCUCUGAUGGAAGACACAGGUUGGUAUGUACCUAAUUAUGCAAUGGCUCAAGAAUUAAAAUGGGGAAAGGGAUUAGGAUGUGAAUUUGCCUUUAAAAGUUGUAAAGAUUGGAUAGAUACAAGAAGAGCCAGAGGGGAAAGCAUUCAUCCAUACUGUGAUAAAGUAAAGAAAGAUCCCCUCGAAACAGAAUGUACGGACAGCAGAGAUUCGGUAGCUUUGUGUAAUCUCAUUGAGUAUACCAGAGACUUACCCUCUAUUUUUCAAAAUUUUGAUCAAAUACCUGGAAUAUCCUACCACGACAUAGGCAGAUUUGGAGGUUCUGUGAGUCUGGCUGAUUAUUGUCCAUAUAUUCAAGAAUUCACAUGGAAAUCCAACAACAUUGUUGUUCGUGGCUCCCAGUGCCAAUUUUCAGAGAAUAUGCCACAACCAGAAAAAAAUUUUGCUCUUGAGUAUUAUGGGCCAGGAUCAAAAUGUUUCAACCACAACAAGGAAAUGUGGGAAGAGAGAACAUGCCAGCAAGUUCGCCAGUGGCAACAUUGGGGAAGUGGCUGCUAUAAAUAUGAAUGUGUUUCUGGUCGUCUCCAUGUGAUUGUGGCCAAUCAUACUUACACGUGCUUCCAGACUGGCCAACAGCUGAAGAUACAGAUAUUUUUUCAAGGUUGGCUUCAUAUAGGUACCAUAGUAUGUCCCCCCUGUCACGAAAUAUGUGGAGAAAACGAUAUCAACUGUCAGCCUGAUUCUAGCAAAUCUUACUAUGUUUUACCAGAUAAACAGUACUAUUAUGACGAGCUACCUUGUAGCAGUAUGUGCCUCACUUCAAGCAAAAUAUUAAUACUUCUGUAUACAAUUUUUUUCUGGUAUUUGGCAAGGUGAAAUUAAAUUUCAAUUCUUAUAAACUCUACCCAUGGUGCUUUCUCUGAAAUGGCUUUCUUGGCAGCCAAACGAUGGACUCGUGGAAUAGUUCCAGCCCAGUAAAUCGUGCAAAAGGAGAAGAAAUAUAAAUUAUGUGCAUGAAAAAGUAGCAAUUAUGCAUUGAUUGAGAAAAAUGUAUGCGUGUACUUAGGAGAAAUGUGUGAGUUGAGCUCAGAAAACAACUGAAUAAUGUUGUUAAUAAAGUAAUAUAUUUUCUGUAAAUUAACUUUUCCUCUGUAAAUCGACUCUGGACUUUCGGUUUGUACCAGUAUUUGAAUAAACUCUUUUGAUAUGCAUACAAAUUAUCUUGGAAAUUUGCAGAAGUUGAAUUUUUUUCAUGCAUUUUGCAUGUUUUAUGUUUUGUAUAUGUCUUCCCUGCAAUACAACGGCUCUUUUGAAUAAUUGAAAUGCUACUAAAUCAAAUUUAUAAAUUCUACAGUAUGGAGUACUUGUGGAAAUUAUAAACUUCUUUUGCUACUUAUAAUCACACUACUUAUAAUCAAAAUCUGUUUGAGUUGAACACUAAAAGACAUCGAGCAUUUGAAAUAUUAUUAAUGUUCAUUAAUGAUUAUUUGUCUGUUUAUGAAUUAUAGGUUAAGUCAUGUAAUGAAUAUGAUUGAAUUUUGAUACGAUGCUAGAUGUAAAAUGAUAAAUUCGUAGUAAUUCAAUAUGUUGUUUUUGUCCUGGAAUGCUAAUAGUUUUUUUUAUAUCUUAUGUCUGAAAUUUUCUGUUUAGUUCUUUCAUUCAUUGAUUAAAAAUAAUUUUUUUCUAUAUAUAGUUUAAUGAAAAUAUUUGAAUUGAAAUCUUUAAAAAAUAAUUUAUAUAUUUUUGAAGAAAAAAAAACUCAGUUGUAAGAAAAAAAAGUUUCAAUCCUUUUUCUUUUUUAAAUAAAAAGUAUUUGUUAGCAAUUGGUUGUUGUAUAAGCUGUUCCAAGUGCACUAAGAGUUCGAUACUUAAUCUGCAAAUUAAAAAAAUUAAUAUUGUAUUCAGUGUUUCUUUUAAUAGCUGAUCAAUUAUUCGUUAUUUAACCAAAAUAACUUAUAAAUACUUCACUAAAAUUAUAAUAUCCAUAUUGUUAAAUGUACCAUGUCCCUUCAAGCUCGUUAGUUCAUUACUAAUUUACUUCCAUUUGUCUUCUGGCGAAAAUCACUGCUCAUUGCAUCUACUUAAAUUAAUAUCUAUGUUGUUAAUAGUAUUAUUUACUUUCGGUCUUGUCUGUAAUUGUUUAUUUACAAAGACAGUUACAUUUUCUUGAAAAAAAAAAGUAUUAAAAAUGAUCAGACCUAGUAAUAAUAAACAAAUUUGAAGUUUUAUUUUAACUGUUUAGGAAAUAUGUUUUAAAAUAUUUAUUAUAUUCGACUCCUGUUCAUUGAAAAUUGUUAAAAGCUACAAUUUUAUUAAAUUAAUUUAAUUUUGCAUUUUAUAUGUUCACUGCCAAUUAUAAAUAAGCUUGUGGUUGCCAUGUGAGUUCCAUGAUAUAGCUGAGUUACGGUAUUCAUUUUAUAAGUUCUACAAGCUAGCUACAACAUAACUCAUAUUCACUUUAAAGUACAAAAUUAUUUUGCUAACCAGUGCAAUCUAGUACUUUGCUGGGAAUGUGUUAAAGUUGAAUAAAUAGAAUAUAUUUUAAUUUCUUUAUUAAAAUUAUAAUUUUUUUUAUUUAUUUCUAUUUUUUCCCAUUCUACAUGAAUGUUAAAUGUUGCAAUUUGUUAUUCAUUUGUAAAUGCUGGUGCACAAAAUAUGUAAUUCUAAGUUUUUUAAUACUGAUUUUCAGCACUAUGCUAAGAUGAAUGAUUUACUAGUUAUCACUUAACAGAAUAAAGAACUAGAAAUUUCAGAAAAAAAUAAAAAGAAAUUUACAAGUAACAAAAUUAACUGAAAUCCUGAAAAUUUUCAGCUUUUUUUACUAUUCAGUAAAAAGUUUGUCUUGAAUGCAACAAUGUUAGUUUUAAAAUACUUUAAUAAAUAAAUGCAUUUAAUUUGUGCAGUUUUUCCGCAACUCAUAAUAAAUUUUUGUGACUUUAUUUUAUAUUUUUGCAACUCUUUUGCCCUUCAUACUGAAGGUUUUUUAUAAAAUUUCUAUUGUUUUUUCUUAUGUAUACCGGUAUGAACAAAAACUAUGUACUGUUAGCAUUUACAUCUGGAUUACAGGUAAUUGAGCUUAUCUUUAAUUUUGUCGUUUAUAUUUGUUUCAUAUGUUAAGCAUUUUAUAAAUAUGUCAAUUUUUUUUUAUUUUUCUGGUAAUGAGAUUUUAAAGAUCAAAAAUUUGUUUAUAUUGAUGUAAAAUUUGUUUUGAAGUGUUCU